CCAGGGCGUCCCGGAUUCGACAAUUCUGAACGAAGUUAUAGCUCGGCGGUGGCCUGCUCCCCCCUCUCCAUCCCUCAUUUACCUAUAUUUUUAUUUAAAUCUUUAUUCUAUUUUUUAAUUAAAGUUUAUGCCAAUAAUUUUCCUCUGUGUUUGUUUAUCUUUGGUUGGAAUUACAAUAAUUCAAGAAUUUUCUGUUGCAAAAUUUGGUCUUUUAGUUUUGGCAAUUGCUUUUUUAAUUUAUUUUGUUUUUAUUUGGGAAAAUACUUUAUUGAAUCGUUUUCCUAUUUUUAAAGAGAAUUUUGUUAUUUAA